GAGCGCAUCCGGCGGAUGUUGUUCUGGCGCCCAGGACUGCGGCCGGCGAGAUGGCGUUCAGUGACGGCAAGCCGGGUUGCGUGUUCGACCACCACGUCCAGACGGCCGUGUGCGAUUCGCGGGCCAAAUACCGGGAGAGCCGACGCCCUCGUGCGGUCAAGGUAUAUACAAUCAACUUGGAAUCUCAGUACUUAUUAAUACAAGGCGUGCCUGCAGUGGGGGCCAUGAAGGAAUUAGUUGAACGAUUUGCUCUGUAUGGUGCGAUUGAACAGUAUAACGCUCUAGAUGAAUACCCAGCGGAAGAUUUUACAGAAGUUUAUCUCAUUAAAUUUGUGAAAUUACAAAGUGCAAGGAUAGCUAAGAAAAAGAUGGAUGAACAGAGUUUCUUUGGUGGGUUACUUCAUGUGUGCUAUGCUCCAGAAUUUGAGACAGUUGAAGAAACUAGACAAAAGUUAGAAGAAAGAAAGACUUAUAUUGCAAGAGCUACUAAAAGCAAAGAUUAUUACUUGACAAAGAAGAAACUGGUUCCAGAGCAAAAAGGAACAAAAAAUCCUAGACAAGAUUUUCAUUCACAUAUACCCGGAUUUUCUACAGCUGCUUUGAACACUUCUCCUGAGAAUUCAAGUCCUUGUCUUCCUUAUUCUUGUGAAUUGCCUUUGUGCUAUUUUACCUCCCAAACCACUUGUUUACCUGGGGACCACGUGGACGGAGCAUCAAACUCCUGUAGUGGCAGCAGGAACCAUGGUGAACUGUCAGAGCACUGUAACUACAGUGCCUUUUCCCCAGAACUACAGACGAGUACUUACAAAAGUGCACUACCUUGCUCUAGUGUGCAAGAGGCUGUUACUACCUCAGAGUCAGUCGGCAGAUUUAUGCCUAGGACAACACAGCUGCAGGAAAGGAAAAGAAGGAGAGACUGUGAUCGUGAACUCGGAACUUUUUCUGAAACAAAUACAAGCAGUAACGAGGUUGUGAUUGGACCUAAGUUACCAGGUCUUCCCACAGUGGAUCUGCAGGAUGACUCCUUGAACACCACGGCAAACUUAAUUCGGAGUAAACUUAAAGAGGUGAUUUCAUCUGUGCCAAAGACUCCAGCGGAAGAUAUGUAUACAAGUCACCCACGAAAACAAAGAAGAAGAAUAUAGCUUGCCAGCAAGUUAGUCUUCUCUUUCUUUUUCUUUUUGAGUCAGGGUCUCACUGGGUAGCUGUUGCUGGCUGGAACUCUCUGUGUAGACCAGGUUGGCUUUGGGCCUCUGCCACUGGGUGUUGGGAUUAAAGGUGUGUACUACCACACCAAGCUAAAAUGAUAUUUUCUGGAGAGAUCCUUUUGUUUUCUGUUUGUUUUGUUUUGCCUUUUAUGUUUAGCAUUUUAAUUAUUUGCAAUAUCUUACUACUGGUGUUUUAAAGUAAACUAAUUUUUCUGUAUUUCUUUUUAAGCUGUGUGCAAAUAUGUAUGUCCUUUUUGGAUUUACACUCAAUGUAGCAGAAACUGUUCUUUUC